AUGGCGGCCGGAGGCGCUCAUAACGACUCGGCCCUCAAGACGUCGAUACAAGCUGUUCACGCCUCAUCCGCGCCAGCCUCGACGCGAUCGAGGCCUGAAUCCUCUCAGUAUCGCGGGAAAGGGUCCCCAGAUCCCCGGCAUAUGUCCAUUGCGCUUCACCAUGCGCGCCAGAUCCAGAACCGUAAAGAGCUGGAGCUCCUUAUACUCUCACAUAUAGAAACGCUCAUGGAACUACCUACAGCAAAGGAUGCUACGGCUGAUUCUCCCUCUGCUGAAGACGUGUCGACAUUUUUCUCAGCGUUGGCCUGCUUCCAGCCAUCGGACUACGAUAACUUGAUCCAGGAACGCAACAUCGACGGUAGCUGUGGUUAUACCUUAUGUCCUAAGCCGCGGAGGAAGGAUAACUCUAGAGGUGGCUACCGGAUCGUAUGGGGUUCAAAGGGAAGCGGUCCUGGAGGCCGUGGCAAAGAGAUGAAAGUAGUGCAGAAAGAGAAGCUGGAGAUGUGGUGUUCUGACGAGUGUGCUGAGCGAGCAAUGUAUCUCAAGGUCCAGCUCAGUGAGAGGCCAGCCUCUGAAAGGAUGGGGAACGGGAACAGGAACUUUGUGAUUCUAGACGAGGCCCGACGGGCUGAGUCGUCAGGGUCGCACACCGAACAGGCCGGUGAUAGCAUGAGAGGAAUGGAGGAAAGCGUCCAGGGACCUGCGCUCCAGGGGAACUCGGGCUAUAUCCAGGAUCAUCUAUCUCGAGAGCUACAGGAGCUGACAAUGCAAGAUCGAGGGGCUCCGUCGAUAAAUCCUCACAGUCAGGGCAAUCCUGCCUCACAUCAGGCAGCGGGUUUACUCGCAUCGGUUGUUGAGAGAGACACUGAUAGUUUAAGGCACCCGGAAGCUCCUAUUCCCCAGGCCGACAGCGCAGGCGGAGGCUCAGUGGAAGGCUUUCAUCCCAGGAGUGACAUACAGUUCAGAAACUGGGACGUCCCCGAUCGAGAUGGGGAUGGAGACGAGGAUAUGCAUGAUUUAUUACCACAGAUAUGA